CGUGCGGGCGCGCGCGUCCCACUUCAUCACAUGACCGCUGUGUCUUGUGACACUCUAGCUCGAGAGUAGCGAUUUAUUAGAGUUAGUUUAGGGAGUUUCGGGGUUUCUCCUGCGGCUGAGAGGAGCGGGAGAGCGGGUCGCUAUGUCGGUUCUUUAGGGCUCGGUUUGCUCCUCCAGUACGGGUGAUCUGAGGCGCUGCUGCUUCUACAGUCGGGGAGAAAGUUGGCGCAUGGCGGGCGGUGGAGUUACGGGUUCCUGCGUCGUGUUUUGUUCACGGGGAGCGAGGGAAGAGUCCGGUAUUUAAUAAAACUAAUAUUCCGCUGAGCUCGCUGGUUAACUCUCCGCGGAGUUAAUUCAGACAUGGAUAACAAACCCCUGCUGCAGGACAGACCCCCCGCCUACAACAGCGUCCCCGGGGCGUACGAGUACGGGGCCAUCCCGCCGCACGCGCCCGCGCCCGGGCUCGCACCUCCGCCCUACCCCUACCCUUCUCCACCCCCAGCCCAAGGCUUUGCAGCAGCAGCUGCUGCUCCCCCGGCCGCUGCUAUCGGCCAGCAGCCCAACUAUACCAGCACCUACACAAUCAUCCAGCCCUCUGUAGUGGUGGUGGGAGGAUGUCCAGCCUGCAGGGUUGGGGUACUGGAGGACGACUUCACCUGUCUGGGCAUCAUGUGCGCCAUCCUGUUCUUCCCCCUGGGCAUCCUCUUCUGCCUGGCCCUGCGGCAGCGGAGGUGCCCCAACUGCGGAGCUACUUUUGGCUAGAGGGACCAAACUGCAAGCGCCACUUUGAUUGGGCCCAACGACCAUCGCUUGAUUUAAAAAAAUAUAUAUUUUUUCCUUUUUUUUUUCUUCAAAUUUUCUUUUAAUCCAUGCUUUAUUUUUUUUAGCAUCUAUUUUAUGCCAUACAAAAAUUAUAUAAUAAUUGCACAGGUUAUGUACUAUGAUAAUCUACAGUAAUCGUGAGGAAGGAACAGCCAACCAACUGCAUGGUUCUGUUGUUUUUUUGUAUUUUUAUUCUUUUUAAUUUCUCUUUGUCUAUGAGAGAAUAGUAAACGUGAAAAGACUCACACAGCUUAUUCACGCACUUUUAAAACUGUUGAUUUCCAUUUUUGAUGUUUUAUUAUUUUUUUUUAAGUACCAUGCCAGCCAGACCUCCGUCAUCCAAUCACUGGUGCCUUUACGAUGACCAUGACUUUUAUAUGAACUGUUGGCUGCAGAAGCAUGGAGACCAUAAAGGGACUUGGCUUGAGAAGAUAUCCAAAAAUCUCACGCUCAAUUUUUUUAAACUGCUACUGAUGACUCGUGACUCUGAAUUUCUGAGAGAAAUCAUCAAUAUAAAUGAUGCAAAGACUUUGUUGAAGCUUUGUUUUAAUUACGCCAUCAUUUUUUGAUCAGCUUCCUUCUUCCUUCUUCUUUUUCUUCUUCUUCUUCUUCUUUACCUCCGUCGUCUGGACGUAAGCGAUGAGGAUGUACGUACGUACCUGCGCUGCCUGGUGCUUUCGCUUGUAUGGGACGGAAAUCGGUGCCACAUUAUUAGUUUUAUAAUCGAGUCAGCCUUGUCUUGUAUUUCUCACCCAUGUUUUAAUCACAUUAUCUGUCUUUUAGAAGACCAAACCACCUUCUCUUCAUUCAUUUAAUUAUUCAUUCAUUCAUUCUUCUCAACAGGAUCUUCUUCUCAAAAGGAACCCUGUUUUUAUAGAACAUUGUUUUAGUGCCAUUUACCUUCAGACUGAGCUAAAAGCUCACUGGAUGUACACACUG